AUGGUGCGCGCUUAUGGUACAGGAGUUUAUUGCAGUUAUACAGCUGAUUAUUCUUUUAGUUACUCGAGAAAAACGAAUAAUCUAUUAGCAUGUGCAGCCAUACCACAACAGGACGAAAAUGGAUAUAUUCAACAUCGUUAUGGAAAUAUUUUAGUUUUACCGACGGUAUCACGAAUAAUACCGUUAUUUUUAGUGGAUUUUGAGUAUCAAAAUAGAUCCGAGUUGAAUUAUCCUUGGUUUCAGCAACAACCAUUGGAUGAAUAUGAUGAAAGAAAACAAAGAACUGUUUGUUUAAGAAAAUAUUUUCAGAAAAUCUUAAAUUACAUGAAUGAUCAACAACGAAAUAACAAUCGAUAUCAAUCACGAAUAUUUGGUCUACAUGAGUAG